AAAUCUCUCCGGCGUCGUUCCCCUCCGACGGUUUCACUCCGGCGUCGAAGCUCCGCCUCCGCACCCAAAUCGAUCCAUCGCUCUCUCCGGCGAGGCGAUUAGGAUGGCCACCAUCUGUGUACGCGACAGCGUCGGCGAUCUCCGUGUCUACGAGCCGGCAAUUCAAGACGACGGCGCGCCGCCGCCCAAGGAGCGAGAGCAGGACAGGUUGCGGCUCCUCGAGAUGAUCCAGCAACACUACGAGGACGCCCUCUCACGGCUCACCGAGAAGUGCGGCUGCGGCGCCAUGAUUCUAGAGCGCUUCCUCGGCGGAGGGAUCUGCCUUGGCCUGCUGGACGCCCGCUCCAACAUCAUCGCCAACACGCACCUCACCGGCGUAACUCGGCCCGUCGGCAGGGACGAGGUGCUGGCCGCAGGGGUCGUCAACGAAGCCAAGCUGAGGGACAUUGCGCGGCGCUCCCUCGACGGCCUCGUCGCCUUCCUCACCUGCUUCUUCCCGUACCUCGCUGGCUGGGAGGCCGUCCGCUACCUGCUCCUCGCCGGAGCCGACCCCCUCAUCGCCGCCCGCGUCAUCUCCGAGGACCGCGGCCUCAGGACGUUCCGCCCGGCCUCCGACGGCGCCCUCAGGUUGGCCCUUCGGUGCGGCGCCAUCACCGCGAAGCACCCGCGGCCGGAGCUGCUUGCCUUGAUGUGGACGUCGCCGCCCCUCGAGAGCAUCCGGUUGCUCGCGGCGCAGCGGGAACUCCCCCGUGACGGCUGCCACCACGUCUUCGGCAAGGUGUCCGAGGAGGAAGUAGCUGCCGCCGGCCCUCCUAGUCACCUGCACAGGCCAUGGCCGGAGCUCGCCGCCCGCGACUGCAGCAAGGUCGUCACAGAGGUGCCGUACCAGCACUCAACUUCGCUGAGGCGAGUGCUGCUCGGCACAAUCCAUGGGUUCUACCUGAAGGCGCUCGCCAGGAUGCCCACCGGUGAGCUGCAGUCUCGCUUCCACCGCGGUCUGCUCAAGGCUGGUCAUUGCUAUGGCCCGUUCGACCCAGUCUCAAACAUCAUCCUCAACACUAUCUGGUAUGAAAAUUCCUUCCCACCACCGAUCCAGGAAGGUAAGCUGGACGCGGUUGGCACCUUGAGUCUGAUGCGGAUCGAGGCCCGAUCCUUCUACAGACUCGUCUCUUGCCUCUGCACCCGUUACCCAGAUCUCACUAUGCAUCAAGCCUUGCGGUGCCUGCUUGAUACAGACCUCAACCUGGAACUCAGCCUUGAAGCUGCUAUGAGAAUGCAGGAUCAACAACAACAACAAUCACGGUGCAGCACUGUCCAAUCAGCCUACAGGGCGGCUGCCAUUGCCGCGUGGCAUCCCAAACCUGAUGCGCAAGUAGAAUUCCUCUGUUCAUGCAAAGAUAUCCUGGGCGUUUCUCGGCUGCUGGAUGGAGGCCAGCAGCUUCGCUCUCAAGACGUCCAGCACCUUGCCAGUUUAUUGUGCCCUAAUUCCCCGGCUGGCACGCCACUCCAGCAGCCGCUAGUUGCCACACGGCGACUCAAUGACGUCAUGGCAGAAGGAAGGAAACAUCGCAGGGCUCUUAGAAGAAUCUCCAAGAAGAUCAAUGCUGCACUAAGGAGAUACGAAAGCCAGAACUCGCAGCCUCAGUGUUAUCAGCUUCAUGUGAUUUGUGGUGUGAAUAAGUUUGUUUCUGGUCCUGAGUACGGUGAAGACUGUGCUCCUGGUGUAUACCAUCGAACUCAUGCCAACUUUCUGGCGACUCAGCAUGUUGGCAGCAUAGCUUCAACUCCAACUCUUUUUUUUGCUGAGCUUAGCAAUGGUGAUGACGAUGAGGAUAGCCAGCUUUUGUGUUGCCCUGUGAAUUUCCCACCACCUUGUGCUGAACCAGUCCGCUGUCUUUUCUGUGAGAACAAAGGGAUCAGGAUUGUGCACCCGGCUUCACAGACAUUCCAUGGGCUCGAGUUGGAGUUUGACAAGAUGGUUCGCAGAGAAGAUCUAUACGACAAGGAAUUUGAUCCGGAAUUAGAAGAGCAGUUGUACACAAACCAUCGCAUACUUGAAAAUAGUGAAUUGGUUGCAGAGUGGGUGGAAGGACUGGACGAGGACUGCAUGUACGUUGAUACCGAUGACUUCAGCGAUGAUUAAUAUGUACUACGUUUCUUGUGUAGUGACCUGAGCUAAGAAGUCCUCUGGCCUUGGCUCACCGUGUCCUCGUCCUCCAUCUCCCCCAGGGGCCAAGGACCAUGAGAGGGAUGCUCCUCCGGCAGGGCCAGGCCAUUCGUGGUCACCACAAGGGCCAAGGACCCUGAGCCCGGUGCAUAUGGAGGGCCGACAACGCCGCCAUGUUCCACCCCUGCCACGAUCAGCAGCACUUGGGAUCCAUCCCCUCCUAGUGUUGUGCCGCAGGACACUGUCGAGGUGUAGAAAAAACAUUCGUAACUAUUAUGCCAUUGCAUCCGCCGGUCCUAGGUUCACAAGCUGUUCUAGAUUUAUGCUGCGAUUUCUGCAGCUAAUUUGUUCAUCAAAUUCCUAACUUACACACAUAUUCGAAAUUUCAGAAUUUUCUACAUCUUCUAGUCUAGCUUGUAAUGACAGUUAUUAGAUUGUAAUGCAAGUUGGAGCACCCGUGUGCUGUUACUACUUGUAAGGCAACAUAAGAAGUUGUUCCCCUAGAAGAGAAGCGCUUCUUGCUUGUUUUGAUGUAA